UUUGGAAGGCAACCCGGAAGUUUGACAUUACGUCAUUACGCAGCCGCAGCUAGCGAGGAAGCACUCAUUGAAACUGAAAGCAAAACAGGUUACACUAACUUUUAAUGGAAAAAAACGUGGGCGAUUGCUGAAAGUGAAGCCUCCCGGUGGGUUUUAAGAGGAUUCAAUAAAAAAUGUCUGCAGCAGAGCCCAUCAUCAGGUCCAAACAGAUGCAGAAAGAAGUCAAUGGCAUUUCCACGCAAGUCGUAUGCACAGAGUUCAGUAACUACAUCUUUGUGGUCAUAACCCAGUACGGCAAGAUCGGAACGCUGAUAUCUGUCACACCUGAGUCCAGAUGCGACGACUUCAGCACCCCAUUAUUCUCCACUAAAGUGCUGUUGGGAAAAGACGAGCCUAUGACACACGUGUGUGGCAAACACCUGGCAACAUUUGUGUCGCAAGAGGCCGGUAACAGACCCGUCUUACUGGGACUGGCACUGAAGGAUUCUUCGGUGGACGCUAUGAAGCAAAUGAAAGAUGUCGUCAAAAGUUGUCAAGUGUGGUAGGAAAUCAGCAAAAUGGACAGGAGGAUGACUUUUCUAUUUUUUUAGUUAUCAUCAUUAAUACCACACUGUCAAAAAUGGGUCUGACAUUGUACUGUUAUUUUCACCAGUUGGCAAAAUAAUGGCCACUUAUUUGUCUUUGGUCAUUUCACGUGAUUAUUGUUAUGCUACUUGCAGUGUAAAUAUCCUAAAUGACCUCAUAAGAAGAAAUGUACAUUAAAACGCAUA